CGUAGGCGCGCUGCCGGGCUCUGAGCUGUCUGGGGGAAGCAUGUGGGGCUGCGGCGCGCUGCUGGGGGCGCGAGCCGGGUUGCGGCUGUGCCGCGAGCUGUUCCUCGCUUGGAACCGCGGCUGGUCUGCCGCCGCCCCCUACUCCGCAUCUGCCGAGCCCUCCCGGGUCCGGGCGCUGGUCUAUGGGCACCACGGGGACCCAGCCAAGGUCGUCGAACUGAAGAACCUGGAGCUAGCUGCUGUGGGCGGAUCAGACGUCCAUGUGAAGAUGCUGGCGGCCCCUAUCAAUCCAUCUGACAUAAAUAUGAUCCAAGGAAAUUAUGGCCUCCUUCCCAAGCUGCCUGCUGUUGGAGGGAACGAAGGCGUUGGACAGGUGGUGGCAGUGGGCAGCAGUGUGACUGGGGUGAAGCCAGGAGACUGGGUGAUUCCAGCCAGUGCCGGUUUGGGAACCUGGCAGACCGAGGCUGUGUUCAGUGAGGAAGCACUGAUCAGCAUUCCGCGUGACCUCCCUCUUCAGAGUGCUGCCACCCUGAGUGUCAAUCCCUGCACGGCCUACAGGAUGUUGAUGGACUUUGAGCAGCUGCAGCCAGGAGACUGUGUCAUCCAGAAUGCGUCCAACAGUGGAGUGGGGCAAGCAGUCAUCCAGAUCGCCGCGGCCCUGGGCCUGAGGACCGUCAAUGUGGUCCGAGACAGACCUGACCUCCAGAAGCUGACUGACAGACUGAAGAGUCUAGGGGCUGAGCAUGUUCUCACAGAAGAGGAGCUAAGAAAGCAUGAGAUGAAAAACUUCUUUAAGGACAUGCCCCCGCCGCGGCUUGCUCUCAACUCUGUUGGCGGGAAAAGCUCCACAGAGCUGCUGCGACACUUAGCGCCUGGGGGAACCAUGGUGACCUACGGGGGAAUGGCCAAGCAGCCCGUCAUAGCCUCUGUGAGCCAGCUCAUUUUUAAGGAUCUCAAACUUCGAGGCUUUUGGUUGUCCCAGUGGAAGAAGGACCACAGUCCAGCCCAGUUCAAGGAGCUCAUCGUCACACUGUGUGGUCUCAUCAGCCGGGGCCAGCUCACAGCCCCCGCCUGCUCCGAGGUCCCACUGCAGGACUACCAGCGUGCCUUGGAAGCCUCAGUGCAGCCCUUCGUGUCUUCAAAGCAGAUUCUCACCAUGUGCUAAUCGCGGAGGAGCCGGAGCGAGGUGGGAGGGGAGAUGGAUCAGCAGGACUGGUUUCUGGCGCCUCCGUCAGGGCCCUCUCAGCCUUCCCCAGGCUGCCCUCUCCUCACUGUCACUUCCGACUGGGAGGGUUGUGAAGCCAGCCAAGGCUUUCCCCAGGGCCAGCCCCGGGGUAUCUAAUAAAGUGAACUUCCUAAAAACACACACAUACAAACCC